GCCGCCGCGGCCAGCCGCUGGCUGUCAGCUCCCUCAGCGUCCCGGAGAGCCGCGGUGUAUGCUGAGCCGCUGCGGCCGCCGGCUGCUGCACGUCCUGGGCCUUGACUUCCCCCUGCUGACUCGCCGGCCGCUUUUCCUCUGUCCUCGUCGCCUCAUGAAGCCGCUGGUCGUGUUUGUCCUCGGCGGUCCUGGCGCCGGCAAGGGGACCCAGUGCGCCCGCAUUGUCGAGAAAUAUGGCUAUAUACAUCUUUCUGCAGGAGAACUUCUUCGUGAUGAAAGGAAAAACCCAGAUUCGCAGUAUGGUGAACUCAUUGAGAAGUACAUUAAAGAUGGAAAGAUAGUGCCAGUUGAGAUAACCAUCAGUUUGUUAAAGAGGGAAAUGGAUCAGACAAUGGCUGUCAAUGCACAGAAGAAUAAAUUCUUGAUUGAUGGGUUUCCAAGAAACCAAGAUAACCUUCAAGGGUGGAAUAAGACCAUGGAUGGGAAGGCAGAUGUAUCUUUUGUUCUGUUUUUUGACUGUAAUAAUGAGAUCUGUAUUGAACGCUGUCUCGAGAGGGGGAAGAGUAGUGGCAGGAGUGAUGACAACAGAGAGAGCUUGGAAAAGAGAAUUCAAACUUAUCUUCAGUCAACAAAACCAAUUAUUGACCUAUAUGAAGAAAUGGGGAAAGUAAAGAAAAUAGAUGCUUCUAAAUCUGUUGAUGAAGUUUUUGAUGAAGUUGUGAAGGUUUUUGACAAAGAAGGCUAACUCUAAACCUGAAAGCAUCCUAGAUAUCAUGCUUGAAUAUUGCUUUGAUAGCUGCUAUCACAAACCCUUUUUAAGGCGAUUUUAACCUUUGGUAAUUACAUCUCAGUUAAUGGUGGGAAGGUAUGUAGAAAGACAAAUUACAUUUUUUUAUCUACAGUUUUUUUUUGGUCUUAGGGGUAGACAGUGAAUUUGGGUUUAAUUUAUCUUAGCUAUGGUGCUCGCAAAACAGAAGGAUAUCGGCUAGUUCUUUUUAUUAGAAAAGAAUAUCCCUUUUAUAGUUUGUGCCUUUUUGUGAGCAAAACUUUUUAGUGUAUGUGUACAUCCCUUUAGUAAUUACAAGAUGUUAGGUGUAGGGAUACCCUCUUCCCCUCUUUCUUGCAGGUUUUAAAUUUCCGACCUGCUAAGUGAAUUUGUGGACCAAAUUCCAAAGGAACUUGUUGUGUAGUCAGUUCUUGCACAAUGUGUUUGGUAAACAAACUCAUGAAAUGAAUUCCUAGAAGUGUUUUAGUAUUUAUCAAAUAACUGACCAUUUCCUACAGAAUGAUAAAGAAACGUAGGCUUUAUGUUGUACCACAACUUGUACAAAGUUGUGUGAUAGGGCAUAUUCUUUACUUCCAGGGAUGGGGAUGAAGAUACGGGGGGGUUCAGAGCCUGGAAGAAUUGUCAGCUUUAUUCUGACAAAAAUCUGAGGGUAAGGAGCAAGGACUGUGUCUAAUGACAUAUGUUCCUUAGCAGUGGAACCUUGAAGUGUGUGUAUUAGAUUGACGGUAAAAUGAUUUGGUUAGCAUUUCAGUAACACUUCAAAAAUUUUUUUUGUUUGUUUUCUGACUAAAUAUAGUGUUAGUAAAAAGAAAUCUAAUGGUUAAAUUUCCCAUUUGUAUUUUAUUUUCUUGAAUAUUUUUUUCAUAGUUAUUUGUUUAAGAAGAUUUAAAAAUCAUUGCACUUUGGUCAAAAAAAUGAUAAAUAUAUCUAAUAAAUGUUUGAUUCCCUCCCUGGCUACUUUUAUUUAGUAAAUUGUUUUGGGGGCAUCAUGUUGAAGCACUGAAAGGUACAGAAUUUUAAAGAGCAGAUAGAGUCCAAGGGAAUUUUCUCUUAAGUCCAUUCUUCCUUUAAAAAUCUCUGAGAAAUUUAUUUUUGCCUUUUUCUGCCAUCACGAAUACAAAGGAGGGUCCAAGGUUCUUAACAUGAUAUUUAUUAAAAUACUUCUCAUUUUUAACACUUACUUUGGCAUACAGGGUUCAAUCAGGCAAGAAAUUUUAUCUUUAUAUAAUUAGAUUUUAUAUUUAAAGUCAUUAGGAAUAGUGAGGACAAUUUAUGGAUGUAGCCACAUUAUAAAAGAUUAAAUUGUUUCUAUGUGUGAUUGUGUUAUGAAAUUCACUUAUUAAUGAUAAAUUUCUUAACAUAUUGCCAUUAGAAAACAAAAUAUCCAUAAAUAUUGUAACAUACCAGCCACCAAAAUUUGUAUUGAUAUUAUCUUGGUAUCUGGGAAAAGAUUGUAAUGAAUUCUGAUCUAGUGAUUCAGUCCAGCCAGGAUAGGAACACUUUGCUGGUAGUUUAAUCAAACAGCUGUAAUAUGAAGCAAGAGUAUGAAGAAUAAAGUUUUGAGGGCAUCCCUACUCACAUAUGAGAAAACACCUAUCAGAUGGGAAUCUAAAUAUUUAUACUGGUAUUGUGAAGAUAACCUUAAGGUUUUUAAGAAGACUGCUAAAACUAGGUGCUUUGCUUCCUUUCAUCAAAUAUCUUUCUGUGACAUUUGAGAACAGAAUCCAAGAAACAUAAAAUUACUAAAUUAUGGGGCUUUGCUUUUUAAGUAGAAAAACAUAUUGACAAUAUUGAGUUUAAAAUUUGAUUGAGAUAAAUCUGUCUUCACUAGUUUGGCUAUUCCUUUUGUUAAAGAUACAGUCACUGAGAAGAUUUUGACAUUCUUGAAAGACCCCUAUGGAAGCAUUGCUAUUUUUUUUAAUUAACUAACAUUAUUUCCAUUCAGUGAUGUUGGAUGUAUAUGAAUUAUUUAGUAAAUAAUCCAAUAAAUUUUGUGCUAUAGCCUUUGUUGUUUGCUGGUUCA